CAGUAUUGGGAAGUCGAAGCUCCCCGAGGGGUGUAUGUCCUGGUGUGGGAGAAACCGCAGAUGAGGCAGACGGAGGGCAGCUGCACGAGGAGACCCAGGCCAGCCAUGAAAGCAGGAAGGAGAACCGACUCUCCCCGGGGCUCAGGAAACCGUUGGCUGUUGAAGUGGUCUUUGAACCAAGCUCUGGAGGCUGGAGACGAUUCAGACUUGCCUGUGCCUCAGGUCUGCGAGCGCAGGGACCCAGACCCCAGCCGAAUGCAGAUGCCUCAGGGGAACCCGCUGCUGCUGUCUCACACCCUGCAGGAGCUGCUGGCCAGGGACACCGUGCAGGUGGAGCUCAUUCCCGAGAAGAAGGGUCUUUUCCUGAAGCACGUGGAGUAUGAGGUUUCCAGCCAGCGCUUCCAGUCCUCCGUGUACAGACGGUACAACGACUUCGUCGUCUUCCACGAGAUGCUGCUGCACAAGUUCCCCUACCGCAUGGUGCCUGCCCUGCCGCCCAAGAGGAUGCUGGGAGCUGACAGGGAGUUCAUCGAGGCCCGGAGGCGGGCACUGAAGCGCUUCAUCAACCUAGUGGCCCGGCACCCCCCCUUCUCCGAGGACGUGGUCCUCAAGUUGUUCCUGUCCUUCAGCGGUCCUGACGUGCAGAACAAGUUAAAGGAGUCGGCACAGCUGGUGGGAGAUGAGUUCAUGAAUUGCAAGCUGGCUACUCGAGCCAAGGACUUCCUCCCGGCCGACAUCCAGACGCAGUUCGCCAUCAGCCGGGAGCUCAUCCGCAACAUCUACAACAGCUUUUACAAGCUGCGCGACCGGGCUGAGCGCAUCGCGUCGCGGGCCAUCGACAACGCUGCUGACCUGCUCAUAUUCGGGAAGGAGCUGAGUGCUCUAGGGUCUGACACGACCCCGCUGCCCUCCUGGGCCACCCUCAACAGUAGCGCAUGGAGCUUCCUCAAGCAGGCGCUGAAGGGCCUGUCCGUUGAAUUCGCGCUGCUCGCCGACAAGGCCGCUCAGCAGGGCAAACAGGAAGAGAAUGAUGUGGUGGAGAAGUUGAACCUCUUCCUGGAUCUGCUGCAGUCCUAUAAAGACCUGUGUGCGCGGCACGAGAAGGGCCUGCUGCACAAGCCCCAGCGGGCCCUGCACUCCUACAGCCUGAUGAAGAGGCCGGCGUCAGGCACCGCCGGGCAGACCCGUGAGCCUGAGUCCGUGCAGCAGCUGGAGUCGCGCAUCCUGGAGCAGGAGAACGCGAUUCAGACGAUGGAGCUUCGGAACUACUUCUCGCUGUACUGCCUGCACCAGGAGACGCAGCUGGUCCAUGUCUACCUGCCCCUCACCUCCCACAUCCUCGGGGCCUUCGUCAACUCGCAGAUCCAGGGGCACAAGGAGAUGAGCAAGGUGUGGAACGACCUGAAGCCCAAGCUGAGCUGCCUCUUCGCUGGACCGAACAGCACCCUGACGCCGCCAAGGUCCCCGCAGGAUGGCGUGUCUCCUCACUAGAGCCAAGGACCGGGCCGCAGCUCCCAGCGCCUCACUAAAACUUCUUUCCAAACUUGUGUCCCCGUUUAAUUCCCCAGACGGCGCUGCCCCACUCCCGGGGCCCCGGUGGCGCGCUGAUGCCUCUGUAGCAGAAGAGCUGACGUCCGGGCCGGGUGGGGCCGGGCUCCCCUCCCCUCGUGGGGGCAGGGCCGGGCGCAGGCCCUGAGCCUCUGAGCGUCCGCGGAAGCCGAGCUGCUCCGGCCCCUCUGCCGCCUCCCUGCCCCCACCCCUGCGCCCGUCCGAGAAGUAUUAAGAUCCCCUGGGAUGGUUUUCUCCCAACGCCCAGAGGGCAGUGCAGCAGGGAGCGUCCCAGCCAACAGGUGGUGUACAGGGGACCCCUAUGUGCUCAGGCACUCGGGAGGGCUCUGGAUUCCUGAGUGGGGAGGGAGGCUGAGACCCAUGAGGGCAGGAGUCUCCUGCAGCUGGCCUGCCGCCGUUGGACCUGACAGGUGACUGGUCAGUGAGAGAGCAGAUGGCCCGGGGCGCUGUGGGUGCACAGGAGCGGGCAGCGGGAAUGGGGAGGGAAGGCAGUGACCUGUCUCCGGGGGAUUGCUCCAGCGAGUGCCCUGGGGCCCCAGUCUGGGCCUGGCCUCCAGGGCCGAAUGUCCCGCAUGCUUGCACACGUGCACACACUGUGCCCAUCGUGUGCCCGGUGCUCGGAACUGCUCUGUUCUCUUCUCUCACAGACACCCCCUUUUUGCAGACCAUGAGCGUUGAGAGGAGGGGUGGGCGGGGGGUGUUGUUCCAGCUGGGGCUCUGGAGGAGCACUGCUGUGGUCAGCCCAGCUUAAACUGACCUCACUUCUUGGGGCGACUAGAACCCUCCUGCCCAACCUACCCCCUACACGUGCAGACCUGGCGCCUGCUCCGAGGGGGCCGGCCAUUCCUGGAGGGUCUGACCUCGGCCUUAAAUGCCUUAAAUGCAGCACGGAGCCUUCCUCUGAGGUCUGGAACCCUCGGGCUUUCUUGAGCUCACUGCUCACAUUGGCUGGGAGCUGGUUGGAGGAGGCUGAACCGGCACCAUAGGAUUUCUGAGAUUCCUGCCUCCCGGGAAUAUGAGCUGACUAGAGCGGGUUUUCUCUGGGUCUGCCGUGGGAGCCUUCUGCCCCCGUGUCCACACACAGCCUGCAGGACUGGAAACGGGGGCAGAGGCUCCAGGGUCACUCGGUUCACAGCAGACAGGCGGGCUUCCCUGCUGGGCUGACACCUGUCACAGUCCAGGGGAAAAUGUCCCUUAGGGCUGGCCACACACUGGGCUCACUCCGCAUGUGGGUUCUGCUGGUGCCAGCAAGGCAGCCGUGGGGGUGCCCCACCGCAGCCCACAUGUGCCUUCCUGGCCACACAAGGAGCAGGCAGUGUCCCCGCGGAGCUGAUGACCCUGGGCUGUCUGGAUCCCUUGUCGCCUCCGGGCUGCUUGCUUCUUGAUCUCCCUCUGCUGAAGAGAACCGCUGAGCAGAUCCUGGCCCCCGGGGCUGCUCCCCUCCGCUACUGGGUACAACUGAGCCGGAAAGCGUGACCACCAGGCCUCUUCUGUCUUGUCCUGCGGUGGCCACUGCUCACCUGCCUGGGGCCUGUCUGUGCAUGGUGAGGGAUGAGUGACCACAGGACAGAGGACAGGCGGGAAGAGACCCCAGCCAGGCCCUGCACAUGGUGGGGGUGGGGGCCAUCACGGGGAUUGCCUCCAGGGCAGGACAGGGCAUCCUUGCACGGGUCACCAGGGGGACUUCUAGCACCAAAGACUUCAGACGUCCUUUUCUGACAGGAGCUGUGCUCAGGACUCCACGCUCCUGGAGCGUCUCCUGCGGUGGAGACUGGGGGCGGGUCCUCGGCUGGAGCCCUGGCCCCGUUUUUGGGAGGCUCAUCUGGAGGCCUGCCUUGUAGGCCGCGCCCUCCCACCCCAGGUGCUGCAGCGAGGCCAAGGGGAGGGAAGAGACUUGCUGGGGCGGGCUUCUCGGGAGCGGCGGAGGGAAGCUCAGUCCCCUGUGCCAAGUGGCUGGGGACAGCAGAGGCCGCCUUUGCACAGAGCUUCCCUCGGCCCAAGCCUGGGCUGCGGUGGAUUCCCUGGUUGGGGGCCCAGCACUUUGUGCUCAGCUCUGUCCUGGGGAGGGCGAGGAGGGGCCACACCAAGGUCAGGGUGUCCCUGCGCCUCUGCGCCCUUCCUGCUGCCGGAGCUGUCCUUGCUGCCCGGGAGAGCCCGCGUACCGCCAGAGCUGGCGAAAGGCCACCUGGUUACAUUAUCCCCGUGGGAGCCGUUCCUGUGGUUCCGAGAAAUCCCUGUUCUGCAUGGAAGGCUGGAGCCUCAGCCUGGCCCCUGGGAGAGUGCCUCUGGAUCAGGUCCUUCCAGCCCGACCCGCUUGUUCGGUGCUAACUACGGACACGGUCUAGUCAUCGGCCGCAGACGCUGAGUAGGAAGGGGAGACGUGAGCUGGGAGGUGUCAGGGGCCGAGGGGGCCUCUGGCCUGACUGCGGUCGGAGCGGUUCUGUGUCCGAGGCCUGCCUUUUGCUUGGCGCGGGGCGGUUGUACGUAUGAAGCACUUUACGAGGCUGCAGGUGUCAACUGCUACCACACCCGGUAAACUGGAGUUGUUUACAAAUGAUCUGCAUUC